CUCUGUGUCUGAGAGGCCAGCUGAGAGAGGCAGGAAGAAGGCAAUUCCUGGCUGGUGGACGGCAUCUGAGCAGGUGUCAGGAUGCUGGGCUGGGUCCAGAGGGUGCUGCCUCAGCCCCCAGGGACACCAGUGAAGACCAAGAGAGAGGAGGAGGAGGGGGCAGAACCAGAGCCAGAGUUGGAGCCGGAGCCUGAAACAGCCCCUGAGGAGACUGAGCUAGAGGAAGAGUCCCUGCCACCUGAGGAGGCCUGCGUGGGGAAGGAAGUGGCUGAGGCUGAUCCGGGCCCUCAGGAAACCCAGGAGGCUGCCCCUUCUCCACCCACAUCCCUCCAGGCUCAGGUCGCUGUGGUUCCGGAAGCGAACAGUGGUCCCAGCAGCCAGGUGCUGACCUGGCUCAGAAAGGGUGUGGAGAAGGUCGUCCCGCAGCCCGUCCACAGUGGCAGGGCUGCCCAGAGCACCGCUGCUGGCUUGGAGGGUCCAGCUCAGCAGGCAGGAGGACAGAACCUUGGGCACCGCAGCACUGGGGGCUCAGAUGGACACAGUGAGGCCCCCAGGGCCCAAGACAAUGGGCCCAGGCCCUGGCUGCUCAGGUGGCUUGAGCAGAAUCUGGAGAAAAUGCUGCCUCAGCCUCCGAAAACCUCCGAGGGCUGGAGAGAUGAGCCUGCAGAUGCCGCCUUGGGUCCAGAGCCCCCAGGACCCCCUUUGGAAAUGGAGCCCGUGCCGCAGGCCCAGGAGAGCACCUCCCUGCCUGCUCCUGCCCCCCCGAAGCCCGAGGAGGAGCCGACUCCAGAGCCCCAGUCCGGCAUCCAGGCCUCCUCCCUGCCGCCCCCACAGGACUCUGCCAGGUUGAUGGCAUGGCUCCUGCACAGGCUGGAGAUGGCCCUGCCACAGCCAGUGAUCCGUGGGAAGGCUGGGGAGCAGGAGCCUGACGCCCCUGUGACAUGUGAUGUGCAGAGCAUCACCAUCCUCCCGGGAGAGCAAGAGGAGCCCAAUCUCAUCCUAGAAGAUGUUGACCCUCCCUGGGAAGAAGAUGAGCAUCGGGAGGUCAGCAGCAGCCCACAGGGCGCAGAGGCAGCUCCAGCUGAUGAAGAGGAGAGCGAGGUGGUGGAGCAGAUGCCCAGGGAGCUGCCUCAGAUUCAAGAGGAGAAAGAAGACGAGGAGGAGGAGGACGCAGAGGAGGAGGAGGAUGGAGAGGAGGAGGAGGAGGACGCAGAGGAGGAGGAGGUCGCAGAGGAGGAGGAGGACGCAGAGGAGAAGGAGGAGGAGGAUGGAAAGGAGGAGGAGGUUGCAGAGGAGGAGGAGGACGCAGAGGAGGAGGAGGACGGAAAGGAGGAGGAGGACGGAAAGGAGGAGGAGGACGCAGAGGAGGAGGAGGACGCAGAGGAGGAGGAGGUCGCAGAGGAGGAGGAGGACGGAAAGGAGGAGGACGAAGAGAAAGAGGAGGAGGACGGAAAGGAGGAGGAGGACGGAAAGGAGGAGGAGGUUGCAGAGGAGGAUGCUGAGGAGGAGGAGGACGAAGAGACGGAGGAGCCUGAUCACAGUGUCCUGCUGGAUAGCUGCCUGGUGGCGCAGGGCGGCGAGGACCAGAGUGGAGUAGGCGGAACUGAGCACCAGAGCGCCUCACACCAGGAGCUGCAGGAGGAGGCCGCGGCCGCCAGCUCAGGAGUACCUGCCACGGAAGAGCACCCGAAAGUGCAGGUGGAAGACGCUGAUGCUGACAGCCAGCCCCUCUACGAGGAGGAGAAUCCACCCUCUCCUGUGCCACUGCCCCCGUCUCCUGCCGAAUCCGAGGAGGAGAAUCCACCCUCUCCCGUGCCGCUGCCCCCGUCUCCUGCCGAAUCCGACACACCUGGGGCCCCAGGAUCAGCCACAGGGAGCCUCAGGAAGAGGCUGUGCUCCCAAGAUGAUGAGGCUGAAGAGCUCAAGAUGCUGUCACCGGCCGUAUCCCCCGUGGUCGCUUGGUCGGACCCCACCAGCCUGCAGGGCACUGAUGACCAGGACCGCGCAGCCUCCACAGCCAGCCAGACGGGCACCCUCAUCAACGACCGGCUCCAGGAGCUGGUGAAGCUUUUCAAGGAGCGGACGGAGAAGGUGAAGGAGAAGCUCAUCGACCCUGAUGUCACCUCUGAUGAAGAGAGCCCCAAGCCCUCCCCAGCCAAGAAAGCCCCAGAGCCGGCCCUGGAUGUGAAGCCAGCUGAAGCGGGGCAGGUGGAGGAGGAACACUAUUGUGAAAUGCUCUGCUGCAAGUUCAAACGCCGCCCCUGGAAGAAGUACCAGUUUCCCCAGAGCAUCGACCCGCUGACCAGCCUGAUGUACAUCCUGUGGCUGUCCUUCGUGGUGCUGGCCUGGAACUGGAACUGCUGGCUGAUUCCCGUGCGCUGGGCCUUCCCCUACCAGAUGCCGGACAACAUCCACCUCUGGCUGCUGAUGGAUUACCUGUGUGACCUCAUCUACCUCCUGGACAUCACCGUGUUCCAGCUGCGUCUGCAGUUUGUCAGAGGCGGGGACGUCAUUACAGACAAAAAGGAGAUGCGCAACAAUUAUCUGAAAUCUCAGCGCUUUAAGAUGGACAUGCUCUGCCUCUUGCCCUUGGACUUUCUCUACUUGAAAUUCGGUGUGAAUCCCCUCCUGCGCUUGCCCCGCUGUUUGAAGUACGUGGCCUUCUUCGAGUUUAACGACCGCCUGGAAUCCGUCCUCAGCAAAGCCUACAUUUACAGGGUUAUCAGGACCACAGCCUACCUGCUCUACACUUUACAUGUGAACUCAUGUCUGUAUUACUGGGCUUCAGCCCAUGAGGGCCUUGGCUCCACUCACUGGGUUUACGAUGGCGUGGGAAACAGUUACAUUCGCUGUUACUACUGGGCUGUGAAGACCCUCAUCACCAUCGGCGGCCUGCCCGACCCCAAGACGCUCUUUGAAAUUGCCUUCCAGGGUCUGAACUAUUUCACAGGUGUCUUCGCUUUCUCCGUGAUGAUCGGACAGAUGAGAGACGUGGUGGGGGCCGCUACGGCGGGAAAGACCUACUACCGCAACUGUAUGGACAGCACCGUGAAGUACAUGAACUUCUACAAGAUCCCCAGGUCCGUGCAGAACCGGGUCAAGACCUGGUAUGAGUACACCUGGCACUCCCAAGGCAUGCUGGACGAGUCAGAGCUGAUGGUGCAGCUUCCAGAUAAGAUGCGGAUGGACCUCGCCAUCGAUGUGAACUAUGACAUCGUCAGCAAAGUGGCACUCUUCCAGGGCUGUGACCGGCAGAUGAUCUUCGACAUGCUGAAGAGGCUUCGCUCUGUUGUCUACCUGCCCAACGACUAUGUGUGCAAGAAGGGGGAGAUAGGCCGGGAGAUGUACAUCAUCCAGGCAGGGCAGGUGCAGGUCUUGGGUGGCCCGGAUGGGAAGUCCGUACUGGUGACGCUGAAAGCCGGAUCUGUGUUUGGAGAAAUAAGCUUGCUGGCCGUUGGGGGCGGGAACCGGCGCACGGCUAACGUGAUAGCCCACGGGUUUACCAACCUCUUCAUUCUGGAUAAGAAGGACCUGAAUGAAAUUUUGGUGCAUUAUCCCGAGUCUGAGAAGUUGCUCCGGAAGAAGGCCAGGAGAAUGCUGAGAAAUAACAACAAGCCCAAGGAGCAGAGUGUACCCAUCCUUCCUCCACGGGCAGGCACCCCCAAGCUCUUCAGUGCCGCCCUGGCUGCAGCAGGAAAGAUGAGUGCCAAGGGGGCCAAAGGUGGCAAGCUCGCCCACCUCAGGGCGCGACUCAAGGAGCUGGCUGCGCUGGAGGUGGCUGCAAGACAGCAGCAGGUGCUGGAACAGGCCAGGAGCUCGGAAGAUGCAGCGGGAGAGACGGGAUCAGCUACCCCAAAACAGUCCGCGGCCCCGGAGACCCCAGCCCCAGGCUCUCUGCCACCUGCAUCCCAGGGGAGGUCCGAGGGAGAAGAGGGGGGCGCGGCCUGGCCCGAGGAGGGCUCGGUGCGGAUCCACAUGAGCCCAGGCGCGGAUCCCGGCGAACAGAUCCUGUUGGUGGAGAUCCCCGAGAAGGAGGAGAAGGAGGGGGAGGAGGAGAGGGAGGAGGGGAAGGAGGAGAGGGAGGAGGAGGAGGAGACAGAGGAGGAGGAGGAGGGGGAGGAGGAGGGGGAGGAGGAGAGG